AUGUGCGAUCAGCUUCAAACUGAUUGUCAUCGAUUAGAGAGCCAAAAGGCCAAUCUUGAUAAACUUAUUCAAGACAAGUCGAAAAUUCUGGAUGAGAAGGACAAUAAAAUCACUCGGUUAAACUACGAGAUACGAGCACAAAAACAAAUAGCUCAAGGUGCUGAUCAAAGAGAAUCGCGAUGGACAGCGCAUACGCACCAAAUGGAAGAUAAAUUUGAUGAAUUGUUAGAAGGCUUUGAUAGAAUGACAAAUGCUGCUAUGGAAUUCGAUACAGAUCGUAUGCGAUAUGAUCGUAAAAUAGACGAGUUGAACAAGCAUGUUUCUCAUCUCGAAAUAGAACUGAUUGAAGAGAAAAUAAAAAGGAUAGGGUUUAGUCACGGUGAGCCUCCAACAACUCAAUUACUUCGUAAAGAAUUUCGACAGUUAGUAGCAGAUAUCAAGAAAGCACAUCAGAUUCGCAUGGAGCAAGAAGCAGAAGAAAUUAGAAGACUACAGAUUCAGCUUGAAGAAAUGCAUAAUACCAACCAUACGAAUGCUGCCUACAAAUACCAACAGAGCAUGGCUACUCAAACUGACUAA